AUGCUUGAGCUUCUUUAUCUUGGAAGAGACGAAGGUUCGCAAAUCGGUAUGCCCUGUGAGAUUAAGCCAUGCACUGGACAUCGGCUAGUAGUCAACGUAAGCGACGACGUUCCCGAUAGACUGCCGUGGAUGGGCGGAGCUUGA